AUGGCUCUAAGUGCAGAUGAAUCCACAAGUACUGAAGAGGACAGUUGCAAUUCAACGACUGGUGUAUCAACAGUGGAACGUACCUCACCAGCAAUCAGUGUCAGUUUACCACAUCAAAGCCGGGCUGAAAGGUAUGGCCAUACCAUACGAUCAAGAAAUCUUCGGAGUGAUGAUUCAGAGCCAGAUCAACAGUAUACUUCAAUUGAUCAGACAAAAAAUUCUAAAGCUUCAGAGUGCAUUAAAAAUCCUACAAUUCCUGAAAAAAAUCCUCCCACAUACAAUCCACCUCGUUCUCCAGCAAAGACUUCUCUUCAACGGCAAUCUAUACCCCGAGGUUCCAUUCCCGAUCUCCACACACAACCCAACGAUUCAGACUUGGAUGGCCUUAUAAAUUCAAAACGAAAACAUCAGUGGGAUACCAUGAAGGCCAGCUGCCUCUGUCAUGUUUGCUUCAAGAUAUGUCAAUGACAUACUCUGAAUAUCAGUGAGAGGAAAACAGCUUCUAAAUGUUUGUGCUUUGUUAUGAGUGUGUUAUUCACAAUGGUAAUUUUUGCUUGUGCACUCUCCUUCACGAUACUCAACGACCAAGAAUCAAAACCUUUUGGUGGUUUAGUACAUAUCACUCAACUUAUCCAGCAAUCAAUACUACCUAUAGCUCGAGUCGGACCGAAUGUAAAGCAACUAACAAUUAACGAGAUCACUAAUACUAACAUCUCAAUUCACUUCAACAUCAGCAAUUGGGUUUAUGAGCUCUACACAGAAUAUAACGUCUCUCUGAGGCUACAAAUUCACUUAUCAGCGGACUAUAACAGCUCAGAAUGCCCGGUUGUUUUGGUAGUUUUUGACAAUGUUGAUGAAUAUAAAUCAUUUUUGAACAAUGGAACCUGGAUGUUUACCUAUAUGGAGUACUGCAUCAAGAACGAUAAUUUCUCAAUAAGCAUCUCGCUCCAAAAGAGUAGUUAUUAUUUUAUUAGAGUCCACAUAGAAGAAAAUUUGAACGUCAUCAACAGCAUAUCAUAUCGUAUUAAUGGCUGGAAUAAGGAAAAUUCAAAAAAUUCUUUUACAAGCCUUUGCUCUAUGAUAUCAUCCACAACAGUAUGUAAUGUCGUAUUUGAUAGACACAUUCCUGUAACACCGGAGUUGUGUAUCAUAGGAAUUGUGCUAAAACGCAAUUUUAACAAUGGAGUAAGGGAAGUGGAAAUACUGUAUUCGUACUCGAACUUCCUAUAUACAGAAGAACUGAUAAUUUUACUCUUGAUAAGUUUAUCUCUAAUCCUUCUUCUGUGGUUAUUAGUGCUAGUCUUUCUAGUCUUGUACAAAAUAAAAACCAACACCAAGUUCACAACAAACUCACUUCAAAUCAGUCCCAAGCGACAUCGUAGCUUUCGGAAUUCAAAUUCAUUCGAGUCACAAAUUUAGUAUCUAUGGUUUGAACAAGAUCUGUAUUGUAGUAUCUGUGUGUGGUGUUGAGUUGUCCUAUUAGAUUACUAGUGUAACCUAGUAUAUAGUUACCACGAAAUUUUUUAAAUGUUUUGUGUAGAAUUCUAGAAUAUUUUGCCACAGUGGAUCUCCUCAUAGUUAUUUCACAAAGUGCAUGUUGAACACAUGGUAGUUGUCACAUUCUCCAUUUUUUUUUUUAACUUUAGCUCAAGA